AUGAAAGCACUGGAAGAUAAAAUUUCGACUAAGCUGUCAAAAGUGAGCAAAAAUUUUGAUAUUUUCAACAUGAAAGUCAAAGAGUUGGACACAAAGGUCGAUAACAAAAUACAACAACUUAUCGACAACGACAACAGAAAACGCAAUCUUAUUGUGACGGGAAUACCAGCGCAAGAAAACGAAUCAUUAAAUAAUUUAAUUAAAGCCUUAUCGUCCAAAUUGGGAUACGAAAGUUCACCAGAAUGCCGCGUCUAUCGGUACAAAGGUCGAGAGAAUAAUAAUGAAAGGCCUAUUGUUAUCCAAUUCUCUACAGAGUUUCAUAAACAAGAUUUUUUCACUCGCUACAAAAAAAUUGCAAAGACGUUAAAUCUUGGAAUGUUUGCUGGAUUUAAGGGAAAAAACUCAAGAAUCUACUUACAACAUGAUUUCAUCAAAACGCAGUAUCAUAUCAACAAAUUUGCCAUCAAAAUGUUGAGAGAGAAAAAAAAUUAUUAG